AAUACUUCAACCAGCAACAGCUACCUGUGCACUGGAGACUUGUCUGCGGAUGACUGCAGCGCCUGCCUUCAGGCUGCCAUUAAAGAUAUUCCAAGUUGCUGCUAUGCUUCCCGUGGGGCACGUGUUCUUAGCCGCAGUUGCUAUUUAAGGUAUGAAUUAUAUGCUUUUUAUGAGGGUCAGACGGAAAAUUCUGCACCAGAUCCGAAUAAAGGGAAAAGGACAGGCAGCCAAAGGAAAAUCUUGGUAACUGUUAGCCUUUCAAUUGUCUCAGCAUCUCUGGCGGUUGUCAGCUUGGGUAUUUGCCUCUGCUGUUUUGCAAAGAAAGUUAGAAAUGAAAGAGAGAAGAAGGAUGCUAUGAAUCAAGGAAUCGAACUGCACGGUACUGCUGACCCAAUCAACAAAUAUUUGCCACAAAAUAGUGACCUAACUAUUCGUGAAUCCGCAUUCAUUGAUUUUUCAACUUUAUGUGCCGCUACUAAUAAUUUUUCCAGUUCAAAUUUUCUUGGACAAGGUGGUUUUGGGCCUGUUUACAAGGGAGUACUAUGGACUGGGAAGGAAAUAGCAAUCAAGAGGCUUUCAAGCUGUUCUGAGCAGGGAAUAGAGGAAUUCACAAAUGAAGUUCUACUAAUAAUCAAGCUUCAGCACAAAAAUCUUGUCAGGCUUUUGGGAUUUUGCAUUGAUGGGGAGGAAAAGCUGCUUGUCUAUGAAUUUAUGCCCAACAGCAGCCUUGACGUUUUUCUUUUUGAUCCAAGGAAACGUGCUCAACUCAGUUGGGGCAAACGAAUCAAUAUUAUAAAUGGAAUUGCAAAGGGAAUGCUUUAUCUUCAUGAAGAUUCUCGACUUAGGAUCAUUCAUAGAGAUCUGAAAGCCAGCAAUGUGUUGCUGGACUAUGAUAUGAACCCCAAGAUCUCCGACUUUGGAAUGGCAAGGAUCUUUGCAGGACUUGAAGGAGAAGCCAACACCGCUAGAAUAGUUGGGACAUAUGGAUGCAUGGCACCAGAGUAUGCUAUGGAGGGAUUGUAUUCCACUAAGUCAGAUGUUUUUAGCUUUGGGGUUCUAUUGCUUGAGAUCAUGACUGGCAGAAGGAAUGCUGGCUUCCAUAGAUCUAAACGUGCUCCUAGCCUUCUAGCAUAUGCUUGGCAAUUAUGGAAUGAAGGAAAUGUAGCGGAGUUGAUAGAUCCAACGCUGACUGAUUCUUGUCGUCCGGAUGAGUUUUCACUGUAUAUUCAUAUUGGCUUGUUGUGUGUUCAACAAGAUGCAAAUGACAGGCCUACCAUGUCCUCUGUAGCAGUAAUGCUGAGAAGUGAAACAUCAACUCUUAGUCAACCUCAACGACCUCCCUUCUCCGUUGGCAGGUUUGGUGCAGAUGAUAACAGUUGUUCUGUUAAUGGUGUAACGACUUCAGAUGCUUUCCCAAGGUGACGCAGAUUCAAAACUCCAAUAAUGAAUCAUUUUGCCCUUACGAAAGCUAGAACUUUUAUUUACAUGAAGCAUGUGUUUGUGGUGUGUGAGAAAUAAUGUAGAAUUGUGACAAUACUGCGUUCAAUUCUGUUGUAAAUCUUGGAUCUCAAAGCAAGUUAUCUGAGUUCUAUCAAAAA